UAACUAGUUGCCUAGUUGCAACCUACACGAAUUGAUAUAAUCUCUCAAAAUCCAAACAGAAACCCUCAUCUUUGUUUCUUUUCGCUUUUUCAUCACACACAGAAUCCAGAACAAGAAUCUUAAAACCUGUUCCUUUUUAUUUUCUUGCUAUGUUAAUGCGUCACCUUCACAAAUCGGACUCUGAUAUCAGAAAACAUAGCUUCAACCUCUCUUCAGAUUCAUCUCAAAAUCAAACCCAUUUUUCAAUCCAAGUUACACCUUUUUCUUCUCCUUAUUCACCAAACUCACCAACGCUUUUUCAUUUUCACAAUGAACAACGCUUCUCCAAUAACAACCCAUCUUCACCAUCUCAAACACCUCCACACAAAACCCAUUCACCCUUUACCUCAAAGUUCACAACUUUGAAGAUUUUAACUCGUUUGCAUUUCAUCAUCUUCCUUUCCUUAACCUCACUCUACUUUCUCAUUUCACAACCAACUCUUCUAGAUUUCGUUUUGGUCCUCGUUUUGUCCUCAGCACUUUUCGUUUCUAUCAACCUAGCACUCCCUCGUUUACCCUCUAUUCGAUUGUUCUUGACACGUUCAUUUAGCAAGAACCUUUCUUCAACUAAUUCUCAUCAACCUGUUAUAUGGUCAAUUGGGUCAAAGCACGAGGAGUUAAAGAGCUUAAAUUCUGGAUCUUGGGUUCAGGUUUAUAGUAACGGUGAUGUUUAUGAAGGUGAGUUUCAUAAGGGGAAGUGUUCAGGAAGUGGUGUUUAUCAUUUUCAUAUGAGUGGGAGAUUUGAAGGGGAUUGGGUUGAUGGAAAGUAUGAUGGGUAUGGCGUUGAAACGUGGGCCAGAGGAAGUAGGUAUCGUGGACAGUAUAGGAAGGGUUUGAGACAUGGAAUUGGAAUUUAUAGGUUUUUUGGUGGUGAUGUUUAUACUGGUGAAUGGUGUAAUGGUCACUGUCAUGGGUUUGGAGUUCAUACUUGCAGUGAUGGGAGCCAUUAUGUUGGGGAGUUUAAAUGGGGUGUCAAACAUGGACUAGGCCAGUACCAUUUCAGAAAUGGAGACAUAUAUGCUGGAGAAUAUUUUGCCGACAUGAUGCAUGGAUUUGGAGUUUAUCGAUUUCAGAAUGGUCAUCGAUAUGAGGGUGCUUGGCAUGAAGGAAGAAGACAAGGGCUAGGAAUGUACACAUUCAGAAAUGGGGAAACACAGUGUGGUCACUGGCAGAAUGGAAUUCUUGAUAAUCCUAAAAGGCAAGACAAUCAUAUUGAGUCUCCAUGUGCUGUAGACCAUGCCAAGGUUUCCAAAGCUGUCCAGGACGCUCAUUGUGCGGCGGAGAAAGCAUCGAGUAUAUCAAAGAUGGAUGAAAUGGUGAACAAAGUAGCAGCUGCAGCUAAUAAAGCGGCAAAUGCAGCUAGAGUUGCAGCUGUAAAGGCUGUGCAGAAUACAAUCCACAACAAUGAUAGUAAUCAAUGAAUUGUGCUCACUCUUGUGAUGGUUGAAGAGCAUUUCUUCUUUCGUCCUCCAUCAUAGGUUACAUUCAGAACACUACUAUUAGAUCUGAGAAAGCAAAGUGAAUGCAAGGAAGAGUAAUCUUAGAGAUGCAGAAAGAAGAAAAAAAAAAAAAGAGAGAUCUAAUUUGAUUUUGGUAAGUCAUGUACCUUCUUCUCAUCCUCCUAAGUGAGGUGUUUCUGUUUCUCUGUAUUGGUAUAGCUGUGAGGUGCCUGGUUGGAACCACUUUUUGUGUCAAUGAACUCUAUGGCAGAUUGUGGAGCAAAUAGAUUCCUCACUUUUAGUGGCUUAUUUUAUGAUUAUAGGAAGGGUAAAGAUAAUAUAUACUGUAGAGUUGCAUUGUGUAUGGCAUAAGUGCCAAAAAAUUUACCAGAGUUUAGUAUAGUGUAGGGUUUACAUGCUGGCUUCCUGUUAUAAAGUAUGUUUGGUUUUAAGCAAGAGAGUGAUUAUAGUUCUUGGUGGAAAUACAAAUGUUUGGUUGCUGUUGUACAUAAGUGACUUUACCUCUAAAUUUAUAAUCAGAAAUUUUGGAUGGUAUGAUUAGAUUAAGUAUCUAGUCAUCUAUCUACUUUAAGGAA